AUGCCGACACGCGACAAGAUCACCAAAUCUCGUCCCUCUCCCAAAAAGAAAGCAAAGCCCAAGCCCAACUCUCAGCCUGAACCUGAGCCUGAACCUCAGCUCGAGCCCGGCAUGGACGAGUCUUCAGGCCGUGGCCAUCGGGAGAAAAAACCGAGCGAGAAGCUCAAAGAACAAGUUUCGGCCAAGAUCGACCGGAUCGAGGACGACAAACCUGUUACGCUUCCCACUUACAUUGCACCUAACGACCCCAAAUUCCUCCAAGACCAGAAGGAGGUGCAGAAGUUCUACGAUCACUCUAAGAUCGCCCCGAAUGGCGACAAGACUGACUUCUACUCUCUAGGGACGCACGUUGAGAGCAAAGAGAAACGCUACUACAUCCGCGCAAAGCGAGAUCCUACUACUUUCUACUUCCACACUGACGAAGCUCCUCCACGCUACGCGCGCCUCAGCGAUGAGAAUCACCCUCAAUGUGGUGUCGAGAACAUCAGGAAUGUCUUCACCAAGGACAUGUUGGGCAAGAGUGGGGAGUUCGGCAGCUAUACUACGAGAGCCAAUGUCUUCGCCAGGGAGGGGCAAUUCUUCUUCGAAGCCAAAGUUAUCAGCAUUGCCCCCUCAGGUCGAGAAGCCCCAGGCCGCGCACUGGCAGAGACCCAAAACACAGACAGAACGUCAACAAGUCGAGGCGGUCUGAGGGUGGGUUUCUGCAGACGCGAACACCAUUGGAGCGAGAAUCUGGGCGGCAAUGCCUAUUCGUAUGCGGUUAUCCUGAGGAGUGGGAGAUCCAAAGAAUAUGGCAGUGUGCGGUUCAAUACCCAGAUGUAUCAUAUGCAAGGUGAAGGUGCGCGAGAUCCCGACGACCUGUCCCCAGGUGAUGUGGUCGGUCUGAUGAUCACGCUGCCGUCGCUGGAGGUACACAAGAAAGUGGUCGAGGGCAAAUUCAACCCGUCGGAGUACCCAGAUCUCAAAUGCGGUCCGGCAGUCAUGAAGAAGAAGCAAGGCAGUGGGAAGAAGUCUGCUAAGGGCGGUCCAAAACCCAAGGAAGUCGAGGUUGCUAAGAGCAAGGACGAGCCUGCAAAGAAACCAAACACUUCCCGAGCUGCAAUCCGCUCCGCCGUAAUUCCAAUGUUGGGAUGCACUGCACCUUCCGAUCACGACAUCAUCCGCGAUCGCAAUCCAUUUCUCCACAAGGGCAUGACUUACUUCGAAUGUCCAGAGUACACCCCCAACCACGACCUCAGCCGACCCACGCUGAAUUCGAAGAACAAAUCCAUCAACCCGGAGACUGGCAAGAAGUACGACCUCCUGACUGAUCCCCAUCCUAACCACGACCUGCCUCACUUGCGGACCCUGCCCGGCAGCAAGAUUGAACUCUGGGUGAAUGGGAAAUACCAUGGCGUGGUCUGGGAACACCUCUUUGCAUUCCUGCCGCCAGCAUCUUACAUUGAAAAGGGCAGUAGAGCCAUCACCGGAGGGCAUGGCGAUGUGGACGACGGCUUGCUAGGUUACUACCCGGCGAUCAGUCACUACACUGGCGGAGCAAUCGAGUGCAAGUUCGAUGGGCCCUGGUGGUAUGGAUACGGGAAGGAUGGUCCUGCGCACUAUAACGCUCGUCCGAUUGGUGAGCGGUAUCAAGAACAAAUCGUCGAGGACAUGGUCAAUGACCUUGUGGACGAGAUCUACCAGGAGAAACUUUACGAGGACACGGAGUGGAUGAAGAAGCGGGUCUUGAAUGCGCCCGUUAGUCUUCAACACAGCUAA